AUGACGGACGCCGCCACCAUCGAGAGCGGCAUCCAGGUCGUCGUCCGCCUUCGACCCAUGAGCGCGAGGGAGCUCAAGGGGAACGCGCUGCCGAUAUGCACCGCGUCCACGGAGAAGAAGGAGGUCACCGUCAUCAAGGGCACGGGCGCGCGGACGCUGCGCAGCACGUUCGCGUUCGACGACGUCUUCACGAGCUUCAGCACGCAGAAGGAGGUGUUCGAUCAGACGCUCGCGCCGGUCGUCGCGGACGUGUUGAACGGAUUCGAGUCGACGGUGUUCGCGUACGGACAGACGGGGACGGGGAAGACGCACACGAUGGAGGGGGACAUCGAGAACCCCACGGAGAGGGGCGUCAUACCGCGCGCGGCGUUCGACGUCUUCAGGAGGCUCGAGAGCGACGCGUCGUACGUGGACCACUCGGUGACGUGCUCGUUUCUCGAGAUUUACAACGAAGAGCUCGGCGAUCUCUUAGCGCUGCCUCCCGGGGACGCCGCCGACGCCGCCGCCGCCGCCGCGGGGACCGAGACAGACGGCGCGUCGACCGUCGCGGCGUCGCGAGCGAAGCAAUCGCAGCUGAGGCUCGUGGAGGACCCGACGAAGAAGAGAGGCCUCUACGUCAUGAACCUCACCGAGGAGGUCGUGACGCGGCCGGAGGACGUCCUGGCCAUCAUGAAGCGCGCGAAUAAGGCGCGUUCGCAUUCAUCACACACUGGUCUCCGUACGUUCGCGUUCGCGUUGUGA